AUGAACUUCCAACUUCCAGAAAUAAUUGACAACGAAAAUGGUUGGGGUCCUUCUCCGGCAAUGUUACCAGAAAAAUUUAGAGAUAUUCCAUAUGCUCCAUAUAGUAAAGCGGAUAAAUUAGGAAGAAUUGCGGAUUGGACAACUCCAGAACAAAAAGAAAAAGAAGCAACCGGAAGGCAAAGACAAAAUUAUCGUUAUCGUGAUCAGUAUACAGCAUAUGGUCACGGAGCAUCUAGUGCCUUUUCUUAUACCCACGCCGAAGAUGAAGCAACAUUUUCUGUAGUUGAUAAUCGAUCACCUGCACAAAAGAAAGCUUCAUAUAGAACUCCAGGGAGUAACAAGAAUCGUGGAGGUAUUCGUAACCAGCAACGUCAACAAAGAAAUAAUCAAUAUCAAAGACUUGGAACAAAUAAUCGUAAUAUGCCUGGAAAUAAAAAUAAUAAUCCUCAGCGGACGCGAGAUGCUUCAGUAAAUGUUGGUCCAGAAUGGAAAGUACUUGAAGAAAUUGAAUUUAAUCGAUUAUCUAAACUUAAUUUAGAAGUAGAUGAUGGAGAUGAUGUUUCUUCGCAUGGAUUUCUUUAUCAUUACGAUAAGUCUUAUGAUCGCAUCCCCGCCAAAACUGAAAAACCUUUACUUCCCAGUGAACGUGUUCGAUAUUUUAUUUCUACAUCUAAAGAUCCUAUUAUCAAACAACUUUCAAGAGAUGAUGAAGCAGUAGUUUUUGCCACGGAUACGAUUUUAAGUUUAUUGAUGUGUUCCCCUAGGUCAGUGUAUCCUUGGGAUAUUGUAAUUAAUCGUAUGGGAAAUAAACUUUUCUUUGAUAAACGAAGUAAUGGUGUAUAUGAUUACAUCACCGUAAACGAGAAUGCCGCCGAUCCGCCUAUUGAAAGUGCAGAUAAAGAUAAUAUAAAUUCCCCCAAUGCUCUUUCAUUGGAGGCAACAGAUAUUAAUCAUUUUUUUGCUAUGCAAGUAGUAAAUGAGACAAAAAGACAUGAAUUUGAGAAACCAAAUCCAUUUGUUAAUUCAACCGAAGAAAUAGAAUACAUGGCACCUUGCGCAUAUCGUUAUCGUAGAUUUGAUCUGAGUAUAAAUGAAGAAGAAAAUGUGACAAUGAUCGUUCGUACUCAACUGGAUUCAGUGGUUGAACAACCCAAUGGUAAUUCAUUCCUUACGAUCAAAGCUUUAAAUGAGUUCGAUUCUCGAGCUCAAGGUUCCGGAGGAUCAUUAGAUUGGAGACAUAAAUUAGAUACUCAACGUGGUGCGGUCGUAGCAACCGAAAUGAAAAAUAAUAGUUUUAAAUUAGCUCGAUGGGCUGUACAAAGUAUAUUAGCGGGUGCGGAUCAAAUGAAAUUAGGAUAUGUAUCUCGGGUUAAUCCCAAAGAUAAUAAUCGACACGUAAUUUUGGGUACUCAGUCUUCUAAACCACGUGAAUUUGCUGCCCAAAUGAAUUUGUCGGUAUCUAAUGGGUGGGGAAUUGUUAGAACCAUUAUUGAUAUUUGUAUGAAAUUGCCGGAAGUUCCUCAGAAUACUUUUGAUGUAGAAGAAGUUAUUGAUGAUGUUGAUGAUUUAGAAAAUGACGAGGAAGAUGUUGUUGAGAAAUAA